GGGAGAAAAUGAAGCUUAGGCAACCCGGAAGUAGCAGUAAACAUUCAGGAUAUUUGCUGGCAGUCUUUAAGCCAUUUUUAAAACCUCCAGAAAUAUUAGAUUAGACUGAAAUCGUGAGUUCUAACGCUGGAGGAGGCGGUGGCGCUCCUGGAGCUGUAUCUGGUCGUUAUGGUCAUUUCUUUCUCCUGGGCUGUUUAUUUUCUCUUCGUGUCCAAACCGGGACUGGGCAAAAACUACAGGAUGGACUGAACUCAGCUGCAGUGUGUACUCGAGGAUCCUAAGACUGACCGCGUCAGCUCACGCGAGCCUCAGAUCCGCGGUCAUGGACUUCUCCAAGUUCCUGGCGGACGAUUUCGACGUGAAGGAUUGGGUAAACGGUGCCUUCAAAGUGGCGCAGAAAGAUGCGCCGGGCAAAGCGGACGCUCACGCAGCAACGCUGGUCAUGAAGCUGCAGCUGUUCAUUCAGGAAGUCAACAACUCUAUAGAAGAAACAAGCAUUCAGGCUCUGCAGAAUAUGCCCCGUGUUCUGAGAGACAUCGAAGCAGUAAAACAAGAGGCUUCGUUCCUCAGGGAUCAGAUGGUGAUGGUGAAGGAAGAUAUUAAGAAGUUUGAACAGGACACCGUGCAAUCCAUGCAGGUGCUAGUGGAGAUUGAUCAAGUCAAGUCCAGGAUGCAGCUAGCAGCCGAAGCGCUGCAGGAAGCGGAUAAGUGGAGCACGCUCAGUGCAGACAUUGAGGAAACCUUCAAAACUCAGGACGUGGCUGUGAUCAGCAGUAAGCUAGCAGCGAUGCAGAACAGCUUGGCCAUGCUGGUGGACACUCCGGACUACAGUGAGAAGUGUGUGCAGCUGGAAGCUCUCAAAAACAGACUGGAGGCCCUGACAAGCCCUCAGAUCGUGUCCACCUUUAACACACACUCUACAGAUCAAGCGAAGCUGUUUGUGAAGGUUUUCACAGAAAUGGACAGAAUGCCGCAGCUGCUGGCUUACUAUUACAAAUGCCACAAGGUGCAGCUGUUGAGUGUGUGGGAAAAUGUGUGUCAGUCUGAUGCCCUGUUGAAGCAGCAGCUGUCUGAGUUCUACGACACACUCCUUUCCACGUGGUACACACAGCUCCAGUGGAGCAGUCAGGUCUUUAAGAACCCGUAUGAGGUGGUGACGGUGCUGAUGAUCCAGACCCUCGGUGUCAUGGCUCCAUCAAUCCCAGAAUGCAUUGCAGCAGCACUGGAGCGCUGCCCUGCUGAGAGCCGACUCGACACACUUCUCGAGCUGCACCAGAUGACCGCCAGCUUCAGCCACAGCCUGGAAAACGCCAUGCAGCCUCACCUCGGUGAGUGUAACCUGCUGAAGGUGAGUGAGCUGGUGUCGAGUGUGUAUACGCCAUAUAAAAGUUAUCAAAUGCAGUAUGGGGAGCUGGAGGAAAAAAACCUGCUGAUCCAACUCAGUGCUGUACCGCUGGAGGUUGGCGAGGUGCUGGACUGUGUGCUGGAGCUCACACACUCGGUACAGAAGGUGUUUGGUCUGGCAGCGGCGGCCGUGGAACGCUGUGUUAAGCUCACAGACGGACUCGGAGUGUGUGGCCUCAUCAAAGCCCUGCGUGCUCUGUUCACUAAGUAUGUGUCCGAUUUCUCCAUCACACUUCGGUCCAUCAGAAAGAAAUAUAAACUGGAAGACACACCCACUUCAGAGGUGUUCACUGAAGAUUGGACAGCUUUCCAGAAUUCUGUCAGGAUUAUUGCUACAUGUGGAGAACUUCUCAGGCAGUGUGGCACUUUCGAGCAGCAGCUUUCUAACAAGAUCCUGGGAAAGGCGGGGCGUUUCCUGUGGGAGGGGUUUAACCCCAGGAGUCUGAGCGGCUUGCAGGAGGGCGGGGCUGAGAGGCGUGGCCAGAAGAAUCCUUGGCAAGAUUAUAACUACCUACAGCAGAGCAGCACGGCUGAGUACAACACCCUGCUGGAAACACUGCACACACUCAAGGAGAAAGGCACAGGGAACUCGAGCCUCCUCUCUGACACUCGUGCCGCUUUGACUCGGCUGAACCAGCAAGCCAAUCAACUCGCCUUCGACUCCGUCUUCCUGCAGAUCAAACGGCAGCUCUGCCUGCUCAACAAACCAGAGGUUCGAGGUUCUGCUGCUCUGGGUGAAAACCUUACAGAAGAUUUGCCAACCUUCAGCCUCUCACCACAGGAGUACAUUACUAACAUUGGUCAGUACAUCAUGUCUCUGCCGUUGCAUCUGGAACCGUUUGUGACUCAGGAAGAUCCGGCUCUGGAGCUGGCCUUACACACAGGCAAACUGCCAUAUCCGCCUGAACAAGGUGACGAUGUCCCAGAGUUGGAGAACACGGCGGAUUAUUGGCUGGGGUCUAUCGCCAGGGCAACCAUGCAGACCUACUGCGAUGUGAUUUUGCAGAUCCCCGAGCUGAGUCCUCACGCUACCAAACAGCUGGCUACAGACAUCGAUUACCUGAGCAACGUGAUGGACGCCUUGGGCCUCCAAACAUCCAGAAGUCUCCAGAACAUCACGGCUCUCCUCCGUGCCAAACCUGAAGAAUUCAGACAGACGGCUAAACCUCUCCCACGCAGACUGUCGUCCACCAUCGCUGCCAUGCGAGGCCUUGAGCACUGACAGAGACGCACACCAUAAAGACAUUUUUUUUCCUCCUUCUGUCAUCCAGGAGGUUUCUUAUUCACCAACUAAAACACUUCAAAAACGGAUAUAUAUAUAUAUAUAUGUAUGACAUUCUGAUAAUUAGCAGUGUGUCACAUGAUCAUGUAGUGUGUAUGGAUGUUUGCAUUUUACUCUCCUACAGAUUAAUGGCUCUGUAUCGUGUAUGUAGGAGAACUGCAGGUGUGCUGGUGUUAUUUGUUUCCUUUAAUUUGCUCAAUGAACUAAAAUAAAUAAUCUACCAAAUUCUUGAUUCUGA